UAUAAAAAGGUUGUUUCAGUUGCAGCCAUGGAAAUACAAGCUUUUCUUGAAUCUCUUUCAACUUGAAUUGGGCAGUUUUUCUUACACUCUAAAAUGGUGAAGUUGUGCAGAAGUUCAGCUCAGCAGAAAAGGCUGUGCCUUUUCACUCUCUGUAUUAUCCUCUUAGUGACUGCAGUCAUGCCUGCACGUCCACAUCAAAGAGGUGUCCUAAAAGCUUCCAUGGUGUUCACAAAAGAUCAAAUGGAGGUGAAAAACAUUAUUGGCAGCAACUUGGAAACAGAAGAAUCGAAGUUGGAUAAUAGGGAUUGCGGUGAUGAUGUGGAUGAAGAAGAAUGUUUAGAUAGGCGGACUUUGGUUGCUCAUACAGAUUAUAUUUAUACACAACACCACAAAAAGCCAUAGCCAUAACCAGAGUCUGUGUACCUCCCUCUCAAUGUGCACAUAUAACCAAACCUCUUUUGCAGCAGUGAAAAAUGUGUUCAGUUAAGUGAAUGCUUGGGUAGCUUUUAGAUCUGCACAUGCUUCUAAAUGAAGCAUGUACUUCAACUGUACUACUAAAUGUUAUGAAUGUUAUGUUUGUGUAUCUGUAUUUCCUGAUA